CUCGCGAGAUGUCAUGCGGUCACAUGAUCACGUGGGGCCAUAACCAGGAAAUCAUGGGUUAUGUAGAGUGAAAGAAGAACGGAUUCUUUGUUCUCCACUUUUAACCAUGUCUCUUUACAAAAACGGUGUCUUCUUGGUUUUAUUAGUGCUAAAUAUUCACGGUCUUGUGUCUGGCGAUGAAGUAAACCUUACCGCUUCAGACGUAGCGCACCGAUUGAAACAGGUUUUUUUUGUGAGCCCCGCUGGAGCUCCUGUUUUCAAGCCUGGUUUAGACUCUUUCUCUCCUCUCAGUCUGCUGUCUUCCUUUCCAGAAGACCUGGAGAUCAGUGACCACUGCAGCGAGCUGCUUCACCUAUUUGGUCAACGGUACGUCGCCUAUGUGAACUGCUUGAUACCUGCAGCUCGGCCUGUCAAAGUGUGUCAGAACUGUUUCUCCAGUUAUGGCAGCCUCUGGGAAAUCUACCAUUCUAACAUCUCUUCAAACAAGGUGGGUUCUGGUAACGUGAGCUGCAGGGACAGUCUUCUGCGCAGUGAUCGCCUGAUGCUGGUUUAUCAGCUGUACAGCAACUUGGAGGAUCUGUGGAACACAGCAAAAUGUAACAAAUGUGUCACUGCAGGAUUUAAGAGCCUGACCAAUGACACGCUACACUUCAUGACCACUCUCAACAAAACUCUCUCCUGUUUUGAGAAGUAUCAACAGGGGAAUCAUACAGAGCUGUGCAAAAACUGUAAGAGCACAUACAGAGAGGUGAACGAACUCUACAGCAGCAUAGAGAAGAAUCAGACUCUGUGUAUCGACAUAGAGGAUGCGAUGAAUAUAACCCGCAGACUGUGGAGUACGAAUUUCAAUUGUUCCUUCUCCCGCGAGGAGACGGUGCCUGUCAUCGUCGUCUCCAGCUUCAUGCUCUUUCUGCCCAUCAUCUUCUACUUGAGCAACUUCCUUCACUCUGAACAAAAGAAACGCAAGCUCAUACACCCCAACAGAGCGAAGUCGUACACCAGCUUGAUGAACAUUCCAGACAAACUGAGCUGAAGAGGAGAGAGCUGAUCACUGAAAGAGUGGACAAUGCACUUUAUUAAAGGUUACAGUAUGGGAGAGGAUUUGAUUUCUCACUGUCUUUUGCCUCCAGUUUGAUGGACGUCUGUGGUUCCAAUCAGUAUUUUAAGGACUUCAAAGAUUUAAAUAAAUGAAAGUGAAAUGCACUGGAAUUUUUAAAUGCACGUUGUUCACGUUCAUUUGCUUUCAUAUCCAUAGUCUUCUCAAAAUGUAGUAAAUGUGCUGGAGUGUCGAAAAUCAAUUUCUCACAGAAAAGUAGCCUCCUGCUGCCAUAAUUAAAGAUCACCUUUGCUUUGUGAAAUUUAACCAGAUUAAACUUACAUUUUGGAUUUCUAUGAGA